AUGAGUACAGUAUCUGAAGAAAAACAUUUGUACUCUAAUAUUCCGGAUGGUCCUGCAGUUGGAUCAGCGGUUCCUUUAUCAGGAGAGAGUCAUUUAGGAAUAAGUCAAAAUGGUUUAAAGCAGCAAAAGGAUGCUCUCAGGUUACUUAGGCUUGAGUUUUAUGAUGAAAAUGACUACAAAUGUGAGCUUAUUAAGAAACGUAGAAGAGAGAUUUUGAAAGACUCACAGGAAUUAAAGACUAAAAUUAAACCGAUGGAGUUUGAAUCCUAUGAGGAUUAUUAUCUUAUUCACAAUUUUAAGAGAGGAAUCUCUGCAAGCGGUAAAGUUGACGUAGACUCACUAAGAACAAGAGCAACUAACGUUUACUAUAAGCGGAUAAAAAGAGGCAAUGUUGAUAACCAAGAUAAAAACAAUGAAGAUGAUUCUUCAGAUAGCGAAGAUGAUGAAUUGAAGGACAAGAGUUUUCGGCCUAAUAGAAGAACAACCAGAGCCCAAAAAACUAAGCUCAGAAACGAAAGUAAUGUAACAGAUACAGGAUCCGAAAGUGCUUCAUCUGAAAAUAGGAUUACAAGUAAUCGCAUUGUCGGUGACAUUUCCGUUGACAGCAUAAUUCCUACUGAAUCAAAUAAUAGUGUGAGAAGAUCUUCCAGACUUUCUCAGAGGGAAAAAGAGAUUCUGGAAAGGAGGGGAAGGCGCGAAUAUAAAAGCGGCGUUGAUGAUAGUUUUGAUGAUAAGCCUGAAAUUUUGGAUCUUUACGAGCUCAUUGUGGCCAAGAUUCCUGAACCAGUUAGGAGGUCUGAUUGGGUUUUGCCCUCCAAAUAUAAAUUCAUCCCUGAAAAGUUCACACCAGUAAAGCACACCCCAGAACAGGUUAAAAUUAAUGAUCUCAUUCACAAUGAUAGAAUUAGAAAAGUGCUAACGAGGUUCAAAGGUGGACUCGCGGGUAUCAAGAAAAAAGAUUGGGUCACAGUGAAAGCGUCGGAGGAGGAUUCGAAAUGA